GGCGUCCCGGAUGCGACCAAGCGCGGGGUCCUUAGAGCGGAACCCCUUUCUUCUGGUCUAUUCGACGCUGAGGCCACGGACAAGGUCUUCGCCAGUGUCCCAACCAUCAUCCAGCUACCCCCUCCACCACCCCAGUACAAGCCGCGACCGGUUCCUUCGUCCUCAUAGGGUAAGCAGGACUGGAGGCACCAACCAUGGGGCAAGGGUGCGACCCAGCUCCCCGCGGCCAGCGGGCAGCCGGGGCCCCACUUCCCGCCCAGGAGGCAGCAUCAGCAACCGCGGAGGGAGAGACUUGCGGCCGCUCCCAGCUGGUCUUCCACCGCUCCCCCCUCGUCAAGGAGGUCAGCAUCAACAAGGGAGACCUUGGCCUCCCAGGAAAUGAUUACGCACACGGCUGCCUACUCGGCUGGGGUCACGCAUGGGCUCAGCAGGGAUGGGCGGCCUGCGUGAUCAGGAAAGGCCUCACCUGGCUUUGGACUACACUUCCGCCUGUCCAACGACCACUCCCCAACUCCAGGACGUCUCCUGUGAUCCGGGAAUACAUACGUCCAAGAGAUGUUGGCGAAAGGCGUGGUGGAACCAGCGACAGGAAAGGUGCUCCCAGUCCCCAAGAAGGACUCGAGUCGGGUAAGAUUAGUCUUGGACCUGAGCGCACUGAACAAGUUCUUGAAACCCCAGCGUUUCAAGAUGGUUACAGUGGCCCAAGUUCAGAUGACAAUCCAAAAGGGCGACUGGCUAGCAUCUUUGGAUCUCAAAGAUGCCUACUGGCACGUCCCGAUCCACACAAGGUUUCACCGCUUCCUGGCGUUCCAGGUGGGAUCGGACACAUACCAGUUCACUAAGCUCCCUUUCGGACUCUCUCUCGCCCCGAGGGUCUUCUCAAAGCUCGGGAGGGUAGUCGCCUCGGUCCUGGCAGGGGCAGGGGUGUCUGUCCUCAUGUACCUAGACGACUGGCUGCUGUACUCGCCCGCCUGGGAGGGUAAUGGGGGAAAUGGGAUUCGUUAUAAACGAGCCCAAGUCCUCCUUCACCCCUUCGCAGCAGCUAAAGUGGCUGGGGAUCAUGUGGGACACGUCAACCGCGACCCUCUCUCUGGUCACAGACAACGCCCUUAAGACUUGCAAACAAGUACGCAGGGCGUACUUCUUGACCACCUUCCCAAGAAGAUAAUGGGAGUCCCUCCUCGGUACCCUUAACUUCGCGGCCCCGGCCGCAGGGCCAUCUCAAGCACCGCCGGCUGACCAGGGAGGUAAACCUCGCCGUGCCCAUCUUCCCGAGGGACCUGCAACGCAACAUCACAAGCCACCUACACAAACUUCUUCGACCCUGGCUGAGGAAGGGCGCCCUGGAGAAGUUAGUUCCCUGGCUACCCCCCGCGCCCACCUUGACAGUGACAUUAGACACGUCCGACGUAGGCUGGGGCUAUGAGUCGGACCAGGGUCAUCAGGUGUAUGGAAGGUGGGAGGACGGAAUGCGUGAGUCCCACAUCAACCUGAGAGAGCUGUGGAUGGCCAAGGAAUGGCUACUUCGGCACCCUCACAUCAGGAAUACAGCCAUCAGGUUCGAUAUGGAUAACACAGCAGCGGUGCAGUGCAUUGCCAGGCAAGGCACGGCGAGGUCAUCAGCGCUCCUAAAAUUAACGGAGGAGAUCUUCGCUCGCGCCUCCAAGAGGAACAUCCACCUGUCAGCGAGGCACGUGAGGGGGGGUAAACAACACCCGGACGGACGCACUCUUACGCUUCAAGAGGACGUCCGUACAGUGGACUAAGACUAUAGGUGUUCAAGUCCCUGACGGAGAGAUACAGCACACUAGAAGUGGACCUCUUCGCCUCCCGGGACACGGCCCUCCUACCACUGUUCCUCUCGUUCUCCCAGAGGACCCAGGCGGGCGGUCCGGACACCUUCACGGAGGACUGGAACAGGUGGAACUACAUCUACCUCUUCCCACCCCCUGGAACCAAGAUCCUCUUCCGAGUUGUACAGGCCCUGCGAGGCUACUCGGGGUAGGUCCUCCUAGAGGCACCUUUGUGGGAAGCACAACCCUGUUGCUCCCAGCUCAGGACCUGGUGCCCCAACCCGCUACUCCUGGGGUCAGUCUGCCUAGUGGACAACGACACCUCCCCACUCCAAUCGUCACUGAAGUUACACACCUGGAGUUUCUUAAAGUAGGACUGGCGGGGCGGUUCCCCCCUCAGCAGUACAGACCAUGCUGAAGGCCCACCGGCCGUCUUCCAUCAAGCAGUACGAGUCCUGCUGGGGCAGGUGUCGGAAAGAGUAGUAAUGGACUUCCUAGCGUGGCUGGGGACCGCCACCAACAGGGCCCCGGCUACGAUAGCGGCUCACCAUGCGGCCCUGGCAGACCCGCUUAAGUUUACGCUGAAUAUCUCCCUGCUGGAACUGCUACACAGGGGCAUCAGGGCGUCCAGACCUUCAUCAAGACGCCCAGUGGUAGAGUGGUCGCUACACAAGGUCCUGAAGUACCUCACUUUCGAGGGCGGCCCCCCAAAUCAAGAUCAACAACUGCAGAGGACCGCGACCACGUGAUAGCUCUAGCGUCAGGAUACAGGGCCUCCCAGCUGGCCGCCCUAAUGAGGCACGAGGCAUUCUCCAAGUGUGCUCCGGACACAGGACUUCCCUCACCCUCACACCCUCACCCUCGUUCCUGGUUAAGAAUGAAUCACCGGACGAUCUCAUCGCGCCGCUCAAGACUCCGUCCUUCCUAGAAUCGGGACGGCCCCAUCCCCUGUGCCCUGUUCACACUUUCAGGGACUUCGUCGCCGUGACCCCGGGGGCGUCACCAGACCACUUGCUCUGCAACCCCAGGUCACUUAAGCCACUGUCACCGAGGUCUCUGGCGAGACUUCUCUACAAAGUAAUAGAAUUGGCAGACCCGGGCAGGGAUCCCAGGGCACAUUCUAUCAGGGGUAUGGCGGCUUCCCUGGCCUUCCUGCGUACACAUUCAGUACAGAGUGUGCAGGACUUGGGGGGCUGGGCGUCUGCCUCUUCGUUCAGGAACAGGUACCUCCUACACUCGGUGGUCCCCGUGCCAUGCAUCGCCACGGGUACUCAGGCCAUCACCUUACUUCAGCCGCUUCAGGAUUAAGGCGGAGCCUUAGGUAAAAAAGGAAGGGGGGGAGCUCACCGAGUGACCCGACCUUCGUCCUCACUUGGAGCUACCUCUGGGAUGUACAGUGACAUGACCUCUGGCUCUGCGAGCCAACCUUGUAAAUUUCAGCUUUAUUCACUGCUUACUGUUCUCCUUAGUCUGUGGCCUAAAAUCAC